UUAUUUUUUUAAGGAUUAUUUUUAUUUUUUGGCUGUGCUGCGUGGCUUGCAGGAUCUUAGUUCCCUGACCAGGGAUUGACCCUGAGCCUUCAGCAGUGAAAGCGCCGAGUCCUAACCGUUGGACUGCCAGGGAAUUCCCAGAGUUGCCCUUUUUGAAUUGUAAAAUAUUCAUUCCUCCAACAGUUUAUAAACACCUUAAAAUUACACACCAAAACAAAAUCCUUAUACUCACCUUUAUAUCUGUAUAGUCACUGCUUUGAAUAUAGCAGGCACCAAAUAAGUAGGAACUGUGUGAUUCUCAUAGAACUUGUUUCUAGGACUCGGGCUUGUAUGAAGAGGAGGAGGUGCCAUGGCUCUUAGUGGCCACUAGAGGCUCUCAGGGCUGGGCAGGGUAUGGGGGCUGUGUAUAUGUGAUCUCCCACUACCCCCCACCUGGCCAGAGCUAAAAUAAUAAAAUGCUGAGCUCACUGUUCCCCCACCCUCUCCCCCGUCGCUGGGCUUCUCCUGCUGCCAGGACAGUGCUCCAGUAGAACAGACAGACCAACCUACAGAAGGGGAGGUGAGAACGGAGGUGGCCACCAGGACUGGUAGGUGGGGAAGGCAGGGGCCUUAUGGAUCAGAGCCUGGUGGGAGAUGGGAGGAGAAGAGUGGCUCUUAUUGGGAAUGAAAUGGAGUGUGUGCCUCUUGUCACUCAGCAUGUUUCUGCCACUGUCUUAUGUUCUCCCUUAACUGUAGUUUACAUUGUCAAUGUAAGUAUCUCACACAUUUUCUGAAUCUUUCAUAUUCAGUAUGGUGUGUAUGUGUGGCUUGUGUUUAUUUUUCACAUUGUAAAAGAUAUUGCAAGUUUAAUCCUCUCACUGUUUUUAGAGAAACUUUAUCCCAUUUAUAAGGCAUUUCCCACCCAUUAGACCGGUGUCACCUUCCUGUCCAAAGCCAGGGACAAAUUAUGGGAACUCAGUACCUGCUUCUAAGGCCAUACCACCCUUCCCCCAACCUGGAAGUCCCCCAGCUCCUCUGAGCCCUUGCUUUGCCUUAGGAUUUAGAAUUUUAGCAAACAUAGUGAAAUCUUGAUCCGACACAAUAAAAGAGGAAAUGAGGGUAGAGUCAGAGCACUGUCUCCCCACCCCCACCCCCACCCGCUGCAAUCCUCCUUGCUUUCUUAAGCCAGUUUAGGAAAAACUGGAUUAUGGGGACGAGAGGAGGAAUUUCCCUGAAGCUCUCUGCCUGCCCCCAUUCCUUUCAAUAGGAACUGGGCUUGGGGCCAGCUGUGCUUGCAGGGCUCCCGGCAGCUGUGCUAGGGCAAGAGGCACGGACAGUCGAGGUAAUAGGGGAGAGGUACUGCCAGGAUUUCUUAUACACUGGGGAAGGCAGAUUCAGCCUGGAUGCCUGGGAUCCCCAUCCGGAGUGGGUGGAAGCUGUGGGAGCCAGAAGGAGGCUCUGGUCCUAGCUAAACAACCUAGCCUUCCCCCAUCUUCCCAUAUCCAACUAGGUCUAUCCUCCAAGGCAAGCAGUUUAUUGUUCUGCCCCACUGACCUGUCUCUUUGUCUCCCUACUGCGUCCAUGUACAUCUUUCCAUUGUCCAACCACUUUCCCCAUGUACCCCAGGCUCCGUGAGUGCCACACUGUGGGGAGGGGGUGGGGGCCAUCAUGUCAUCGUAUCAGAAGGAACUGGAGAAAUACAGAGACAUAGAUGAAGAUGAGAUCCUAAGGACCUUGAGCCCUGAGGAGCUAGAGCAGCUGGACUGCGAGCUACAGGAGAUGGACCCCGAGGUAGGGGCUCUAGCACAGGGUACCAGGGGCAGUCCCCAGGCAUUUGGGAAGGGUGUGGGGCCCUGGGUGACUGAGACCAGGGCUAUCUACAGGGACUGGAGUCCCAAGAGGGUCAGGGGAAUGGUGUCUGGAGAUGUUUUGGGGAGACUUGGAGGUGCCCCAGGUCAGAGGGGAGGUCUGAAUUGCUCCCCAAAACUCAUCCCUAAGAACAUGCUCCUGCCAGCUGGACUAAGACAACGUGACCAGACAAAGAAGAGCCCAACGGGGCCGCUGGACCGAGAGGCCCUUUUGCAGUACCUGGAACAGCAGGCACUAGAGGUCAAAGAGCGUGAUGACUUGGUUCCCUACACAGGCGAGAAGAAGGGGAAACCCUAUAUUCAGCCCAAGAGAGAAAUUCCAGCCCAGGAGCAGAUCACUCUGGAGCCUGAGCUGGAGGAGGCACUGGCCCAUGCCACAGAUGCUGAGAUGUGUGAUAUAGCAGCCAUUCUGGGCAUGUACACACUGAUGAGCAACAAGCAAUACUAUGAUGCUAUCUGCAGCGGAGAAAUCUGCAACACUGAAGGCAUUAGCAGUGUGGUGCAGCCUGACAAGUAUAAGCCAGUGCCAGAUGAGCCCCCAAAUCCCACAAACAUCGAGGAGAUACUGAAGAGUGUUCGAAGCAAUGACAAGGAGCUGGAGGAGGUGAACCUCAAUAAUAUCCAGGACAUCCCGAUACCCAUGCUAACUGAGCUGUGUGAAGCAAUGAAGACAAAUACCCAUGUCCGGAGCUUCAGUCUGGUGGCCACAAGGAGUGGUGACCCCGUUGCCAGUGCGGUGGCUGACAUGUUGCGUGAGAAUCGUAGCCUCCAGAGCCUGAACAUUGAAUCCAACUUCAUUAGCAGCACAGGGCUCAUGGCUGUGCUGAAGGCAGUUCGGGAGAAUGCCACACUCACUGAGCUCCGCGUAGACAACCAGCGCCAGUGGCCUGGCGACGCAGUGGAGAUGGAGAUGGCCACCGUGCUUGAACAGUGCCCCUCCAUUGUCCGCUUUGGCUACCACUUUACACAGCAGGGGCCACGAACUCGGGCAGCCCAGGCCAUGACCCGGAACAAUGAACUGCGUCGCCAGCAAAAGAAGAGAUAACGCUACCCUUCCCUUUACCAACUAGAGCUCGGAGCCCUGAAAGCUUAAAUCCUCAACUUGUAAAUAAAAACCCUUCUGUCCACUCU